GCGUUGGAGGAGAGUUUCGCCCGGUUGUCAUUCCCAGAGGAAGAAGAGGGUGUGAUCGAAAUUUACCUGUCCAGUCCUACCUGGUGCUCCUGUAGUACAUGUCGGCCGUCGAAUUUCAUCUGCCGUACGACGUUAAACACUGGCUUCACUCAGGAGUAAGACGGAGAAGGCAUUAAAGGAUGCGAAGAGGAUCCUGACUCGCGGCCCCAACAUGAGUGUGACAUCAUGGUUCCUGGUCAGCAGCUCUGGCACACGCCACCGGUUGCCACGGGAGAUGAUCUUUGUUGGCAGGGAUGACUGCGAGCUAAUGCUGCAGUCCCGCAGUGUGGACAAACAGCAUGCUGUUAUCAACUACGAUGAAAACAGAGACGAGCACAUGGUGAAGGACCUGGGCAGCUUGAACGGGACGUUUGUGAACGACCUUAGGAUCCCAGACCAGACGUACAUCACCCUCAAGCUGUCUGAUGUCAUCCGCUUUGGCUAUGAUGCUCAUGUGUAUAUCCUGGAGAAGAGUCAACACAAGGUCCCAGAGGAAGCUCUUAAACAUGAGAAGUACACCAGCCAGUUGCAGCUUAGUAUAAAAGCCCUGCAGGCCAAGGCGAAGGAAAAACAGCAGCUCCAGAGCUCAGAGAAGAGCAAAAGCUCUGCUCUCAAACUGCAGGACAGAGCUGAGCGGAAAGCCCAGUCUCUCACAGCUGCCACAGAUUCUCCGAUAUCCAAGCCUACUCCUCUCUAUGGCCAACCGUCCUGGUGGGGGGAGGAUGAGGACUCAGCCAACAAAAAUAAGAACAGAGGUGGAAGAUCGCCAGAACAGGAGUCUCCAGAGCCUUCCAAAGACCUGUCCAGAUAUGAGGUCAACGGUUCUCUGUCAGACAGUCAGGCAAAGUCCAUCCUUUCCUACCGCCGGGAGCCCAGCUACUUUGAGAUCCCAACAAAAGAAUUACAACAGCGACCCGCCAAGAAACUUGAGUCACAGGUUCAUGAGGUUCCCACAAAGGACACUCCAGAUCCCACUGAGGGUGUCUCUUCCGGGCCCACACCUCCUGUGGUCCAAAGCCACGCCUCCUUCACCAUCGAAUUUGAUGAAUGCACGCCAGGUAAAAUGAAGAUCAAGGACCAUGUGACCAAGUUUUCUUUCCGCCAGAUGAACAAGCAGUCUUCCACAGAGCUUGUUACCACACCUACAGAGGUGAUGUCAGCGGAGAGCAAAGUUGCUGAUUGGCUGGUCCAGAGCAAUGCUACCAUGAUGAGGAGGAGGUCACAGGCCGAAGACUUGUAUAGCACAAACAGCGACCCAUCACUCCUGAAGAUCACCAAGGCAAACCAGCGUGAAGAUGGCACUCACAGUGACUCAGGGGAUCCUGCAAUCAAUGGAAGUGAUUUCCUCCAAUCAGAAUCUCAGAUUGGGUCCCAGGAGUCUCCACAACCCCUGAGAGCCUCCCCACCACAACGCUUCACCUCCCCUGACUCCGAGGAGCCCUUAUCCUGCUCUCCACCGGAGCCUCAGUCCCUAUCCAGUCUCGGCAAAGCUGAGCCUCACCAAGCCUUUGUCAUUGAAUUCUUCGAUAAUAACUCAAGAAAGAAGCGCUCCCAGUCCUUCACCAAUAACACAUCCCCACCUGAGCCCUCAGGCCUCAGGGUCCAGCUGGAUAAGGUGAGGAAGAGCUCAAGCCCAACUGGGGAGAGACGAGCCCAAUCUCCAGCCUCCACCACUCCCCCAACCCAGCGAUACACUGUCCCCCUGAAGGGCUCUACUCCCUCAGGCUUCCAAAGAGCUGGCUCUCUACGCAGGGAGAAGACAGAGGACCGUAUCAGCACCGGCUUUUCCUCUCGCUCUUCAUCAUCUGUGUCUGUAAGGCCCUUCAGCAGUGUGGGCAGGAGGUCCAAACUCGCCCAGGAAUUCACUGCUGAAUUUCUCAAACAAGCAAAGGAGUCCUCUUAUGCCAGCUGGGAGAAAAAUACAUCUAGUGCCCCUGCAGCAGCUAAAACAGAGACAGUGGCAGUAUCCCAGGCGAGUCCCCCUCCAUCUCAAGCUCCCUACCAGCCACAGACUUCCUCUCCUAUCCACCAGCCUGUUCCCCUCAAGGCCCCUGUGAUGCCCGUGGCGUCUCAGAGUGAGGAGGUCAAGAGCCCCCAUGUCGGCCCCAGGAACGAAGAGGAGGACAGUCUGAGUGACGCAGGAACUUACACUAUCGAAGCGGAUAUUCAAGAUAGAGAGCUAGAGGAGGCACGGAGCAAGAUAGACCAGGUGUUUGGUGUUUUUGAGAGCCCUGAGCGAACCGACCUGAGUGAAGCAGAAACCUCACCAGCAUUUAGGCCUGUUAUUGUUGAGAGCAGAGAGCAGCAUAGGCAGAGUAGCAGUGGGGAGGUUCAGUCAGCAGGUGCAGUGUUACAGGGGGCUCCUAAGUGGAUGUCUUGCUGGGCCAGCUUGGCAGACAGCUACACAGAAUCUGGCCCUGCGUCUGGCCUCUUUGACAUCUCUCCCCAGAUGGAGCUGUCAGGAGGGGCACGAGGCACAAUCAUCCACAAGGCCACGCACAGCCGACAUCACGACAGCACCGACUCUGACGGUUCAAGAGCUCGGCGCAUCCUGCCCCAGGUACCGCUGGGGGAGAAGAGUGACAUUCCAACUCCCAGCAUUCAUGUUCAUUAUGACCCGCAUUCGACAUUUGAUGUAGGAGAGAGUAGCUCAGUGGCCACCCGGUCUCAGGAUAGCCUUCACAGGUUGUCAGUGCAGGACGACGUGGAGCCUGACAGCCUGAGUGACGCCAGCAAGUCAGAUGAUGGUUCCAUUAUAGAGCAAAGGAGGAGACCACUGUCAGACACAGAGGAGAAGAAAAAAGAGGGAAGACUGAGACCCACAGACUCAGCCAAGCCUACAACAUUCUACAUUGGGUCAGAGUCCAAACCUGAACGUGGGGGCUCAAACCCCAGCACUCCCAAGACUGAAAUAAAACAUGUAACCAAAAUGUUCUCAACAGCCACCCUUACCAAACAGAGAGGGAACCAGGACUCUGGGAAAGUCAGACCCAGUGUGUCGGCUCCUAUCUUGAGCCAGACGACACGCAGUCCAGAACCCAAAGAGGGCGGUGCAUCUACUUUAAUCAGACAAGAGAGUUUCACCAAGGAGCGGCCAAGCAACGCCAGAUUGCCCAACAUCUCUAGCUUGCCUGUUCAGAGAGGCCCAGACAUUGAAUCAUUCCAGGGAGUCUGCAAUCAGGACACUCGUUCUUUCCUCAAAGAGACGGAGGAUGUUCUGGCUGUUCUGGAGGCCAAACUCCAGGCAGGACAGUCGGAAAAAACACCAUCUCCAAUAAUGGACUCUCUUUCUGCUGAGUCUGAUGUGGACACCUCCAGCACAGUCAGCCAACAAAGCAAUAAAACCAGGCCAAACACAGUGAGUAAAAAACCCUCUGUGAGUGGCUUCAAUAGGGAGAGGUCUUCAGCCAGUAUAGCUAGUCAGGACUCAAGUCGCCAGACAUCAGAUAAGCGGCGCACUCAAGGAGCAGACAGCAACAAUAAGACUGAGAUUCUCAGGAGGCCCGUUGGACUGAGACGUGGUGUUGGUAAACGUGACUCCACAGAUCUAAGUGACGACCCUCAGAGCUUACCUUACUCUGAUCAGGAGUCUAACAACCAAACCUGCAAAAAAUACACAGUGCCGCUUCAAAAGGAGGACGGCAAGGCCUCCAGAGCGUCCCAGGCCUUGAAUCGUGCCAACAGUUUAUCAGCACCAAGACCCACCCGAGCGUCCAUGCUCCGCCGGGCUCGCCUGGGAGAAGCUUCAGACAACGAGGGCACUGAGACAGACAGGCUGUCCCAGGAGGCAGCCAAUGCCCCAGCUAAGCAACCCCAGGAAACCAAGAAACUCUCCAGGUUGGAUAUGCUCGCGAUGCCUCGUAAGCGGACAAGCUCGUUCAACACGCCCAGCGACACGGAGGCCUCUUCCACACCACAGUGGACAGGCAGGAGCACAGGAUUCUCCAACCGCAGCACAGAGUCCGGCAGCAGCUCAGUUCGAAGGGCCUCUGCUCCCAUGUCGAAGCCUGGGGAAAGGCAGCAGAAGGCCCCGCUCAGCAAGGCACCAAUCACUCGCGGACGGUCGAGCAGUGCCAAAUAUGCCAGCAGCACUGCAAGCUCCAGGAGACGACAGAAAGGCUCUGACUAUACGUCUACCUCAGAUGAAGAGUAUGACUCAAACCAGAGCACUCCUAAACACAAACGCUCCCAACCUUCCUCAGCCUCUCAUAGCCCGCGCCAUCAGCCUCGGCCCCAGCCGGUGGUCGCCCUGCGUCCGAAACCCUGCAGCAGAGAUUCGGAGGAGGAGAACCAAGAAGGAGACGCCUUCCAAAAUUGGUCCAAUCACAGUUCUGAAAUUGCACGGUUGAGUCAAGACCUGGCAAAAGACCUCGCUAUCUUGGCCAGAGAGAUCCAUGACGUGGCAGGUGAUGGUGAUCCACAAAACCCUGGAGCGGAGAGCAGUGCACCUGUCUCCACUGUGACCGCUCAUGAACAGCUGGUUCAUCGUAUUCCAGAGGCUGGAUUAAACUACCAGAGAGUCCCACCGAGUUCUGCGUCUCCAAGGGAACCUGACCAGAGCACAAGUGAUCAUGAACAGAGCUCCAGGCAGCGAGCUCGGAGCAGAGACGAGGUUAUCGUGGACAAUCUGAUGCUGAACCCAGUGUCUCAGAUCACCAUGGCCAUCAGAGAAAACACUGAGCAACUUGCUGACAAAAUUAAGGUACUGUUCCAGGAUAGGAUGGAUAUCUGGGAAGAAAUUGAGGCCAAGGUUAAUUCUGACAAUGAUGUUCCUGUUGUCAAAACAUCCAACAAGGAAAUUACGUCUAUCUUGAAAGAACUCCGGAGAGUUCAACGACAACUUGAGGUCAUUAACACAGUCAUGGACCCCAGUGGGCAGCCUGAAGCAUCCAAGGCCUCAGCCUCUACCGUCUCCUCCUCAUCCGGAGCUCGAUCCUCCAGAGCUCCUGCCUCUCGAGACUGGAGAACAGUCCACUCUGCCUCCAAACGUGGCGGCGGCCCGAGGCCCAGCGAGAGCGUCAGGAGAGCAGCUGUGACACCUGACGAUGUCAGAGCUGGAUAUUUGGUCUGAAACAAACACGCAGGUUCCACCGAUGCUGAACUUCUGCUGUUGCACCACAAACCCAGGUGUGGGACUGACGUGCUCACACUGAAACCAAGAGCGGGGGAAAUGAGACUGUAUCCACGGAACUGUAGCCUCCCAUACAUCCAAACAUACACACUACUGCACUAUGAGCACUACACACCUACACUGUGGUGUAAUUCACAGUGAAGCCUGCACUUAACGCCCUUAGAGUAAGCUCAGUGGGAGGCCGACAUGCAGUAUGAGGUGAAGAUUUAAGGAAGUACCAAAAUACUUAAAUGAACCUCACAUCUGGCAGGCCUUAGGACAAUACUUGAUUCUCUGUGUUAGACGUCGACCUCUAUUUGCCAAUGAUAUGACCUGCAUUGCUGAUUUUAAAAGCUCAUUUGUUUAUUUGAAAACCAACCUGAGCAUAAUCAUCUCAGGGAAAUCUGCUAAUAUAUAAGAUUUCUGUUUAGUGACAAAUCACAUUUUUGAGGAAAUAUUAGUACAUUGAUUUAGUUUUUGCGUAGAAAGAACUGCAGUAACACCAGCAGAUCUAAAGUGGACUGCAUACUUGCAUCCUCAGUAAACCCAUUUCUCCCUUGUUUGCCACUUUUCCCUCGGUGGACCAGAUUUAUUGAAGAAUGUAAAAAGUAUUUAUUAGGGCUCUUUUGUGAGACACUGUAACCGAGACAACGUGACUUUGGGAGGGUUAGUAGACGCUAGUGCCAGACCAAUUAAUGUUACAUUACACAGUUGCUACCAGCCAAUUUCUUGAGUAUUUAUUCUGUUAACAUUUCCCAGUGUAGCGACUCUGCCCAGGCUCUUCUCAGUACUUGGACACUAUAUUUUGUCCAGCUGGAGAUGAAAACCCCUCAGGAAUGUGUGGUCCAACUGGUAGGAGGGACUCCAGAGGUUAGUCACCUGGCAACCACAAACUCAAGUGGCUAUAAAACAAGCGUUUUUGAAGCAUUCCUGGUUUCGCUACCUUCUGAAAAGUGUGUUUUUUUAUUUGUAUCAAACACAGCUGGAGGCUUGAAAGUAGUUUUUGUUGUGUUUGUCAUGCCUGAAGAGCACAGUUAAUUGAGGGCUGGCCAAAGACAAUCAGAAAACGACUGACAGGAGCGAGUGUCCUUAUCUAUGUUUGUACUGAGCUCAUCACACGACACCAUAUGCUUAAGAGCUAUCAGAGCACUGUGGUAAGAUUCGAUAUUUCCUCUCCGGUCACAAGUUCACUCCUGAUGGGUCCUCACAUGACAGGAGAUGUAAUGUAAAUUUAGCUUGGAAGUUGACAGUUAUGUGAAACUGUAAACCUGAUGAUUAGUGUCUGUUGUUGUGUGUGUAAAUAUCUAAAGAUAUGUGUACGUCAUACCAAUUACCUCUCAAUCUUGUCUUUUGCACUAAUGUAGUACAACAUCACCCCCUCGACCUGAUAUGCUGCAAACUGAAAGCCGUUACCCUCCUUGCAAAACAUUGUAAACAUUUGAUGUUGAGGUUUGAAGCAGGAGACAAGGCGACCCAGUAUACCAGCGAGUUUCUGUUUCCUCUCCCCAGACCAGAUUGUACACGUGAUUGUAACUGGGAAGUACCUUCAAGUGCCACAGAGCUGUGUGGGACGGUGGUUGUUUACAAGCAAAAAAACUGAAUGUUUGUCUGUUUCCUUCACUUGCUCAAAGUGUUGCUGCUAUUCUUCUUCUAUACGGGAUAGUAUUUCCUCUUUGCUUUACUCCAUCUAAAAGCUACAGCCUGUUUAAGAGCUGAAAUUUAGAUCAUAUUUGUCAAAUUGUUUCCCCUUUUUUUGAUAUUCAACUCAUGUUUCCCCUCCUUUCACCCAGAAUAAUUUGGUUGUAAUUGUGCUGUCUCGUUAGUCGGUAUUUAUGUUUGGUUAUUUGUGCAAUUUGUUAGAUGAUGAUUGCAGAUUUUUCAAAUAAAAUAUGAUUAGCAAAUGUUUUUUGUCGGGACU